GGACAACACAAACAGCAAAAAGACAGAGACGGACAUUUACCUGGACAUGGAUCAACUGCUGGUGAUGUUGCUCCUGCUACUGCUCUGGGGCUCAGAGCAGCAGGCUGAAGGAGACAACAGCCCAGCAGGAGCUUCAUGUGAAACAACAAAAGCUGACAUUGUGAUGUUGGUCGACGAGUCUGGAAGUAUUUACUCUGAAGACUUUCGACAUAUGAAAUUAUUUAUAUCUAAACUAGCUCAAAAUGUCCAUAUUGGGCCCAUCAAUUUCCAGAUUGGUCUGACUAAGUACAGUGAAGAAGCAACAACUGAGUGGAAUUUGAACACACACAGAACCAAAAAGUCCCUGCAGAAGGCUAUUAAAAAAAUACAACAGAAAGGUGGAGGCACAAACACAGGUUAGCAUAUUAUUACUAAUAAAGCAGAUUCUCGGCUUGAAGAGCUGUGGAGUAUCAGGUUCUGUUCGGACACAAACCAGAACAUUAAAAAAAAAAAAAAAAAAGUGAAACUAUGCCAUUUCAGCCACUGUAUGAAAUCUAACAGUUUCCUUCUAUUUUACAAACAACCUCUGAUGAGAACUCAGACCUAGAUAAUGGAUUACAAGGAGAAAGAAGAAGGUGUUCAGUGAUAUAACAGAAUUCUGUCUGUCUGCUGUAGUGAGAUUCCUAUACUUUCCUGGGUAGCAGUGGGGGGCAGAGCUCUCAGAAGCAUCUUAUUGCAUGAGACAGGCAGACAAGAAUCUGAAGAGACUGUAGCUCUGAGCCUUUUAAAAGGACUUUUAAUGCUUAUUUUGUUGCAACUUACAGGAAACGCUCUGGAACACAUUCUGCAUCACAGCUUCAAACCCGCAGCGGGGAUGCGUGCCGACUCUAAAAAAGUGGCAAUUCUGAUCACUGAUGGACAAUCUCAGGAUAACGUGACGUCUGCUGCCAAAAACCUGAAGGACACUGGGAUAGAGAUAUACGUUAUUGGUGUGGGCCAAGACGUUGAUGACAGUGAAAUGAGGGACAUUGCUUCUGGAGAUGUCGGAACAUGUGUGUACACCGCUUCAGAUUUUAGAUCCCUCCACAGGAUUAUAAACAGCCUGACCCACAGCCUGUGUGGCAGCGCUCCCAGCACAGGUAGGCAUCAUCUGCAUACACUUAGCAACAGGUGGAUAUUUGAAGCUGGACAUGGACUUUAAUUCUGACUCAUUUCGGGAUUGUUAACUCUCUAACGCAGUGGUCUUAAACUCCAGUCCACAAAGGUCCUUCAGAUUCUAGAAGUAUCUCUGCUUCAGCACACCCGGGUUCAAUAUUAGCUCGUUAGCAGAGCUCCGUGGAGCUUGACUGCAUGUUAAUGACGCCGUUUGGCCAUUUAAUUCAAGCAUGUAUCCCUUGUCUUAACAACGUAAAAAGCUGCAGGACUCUGACCCUUGAGGAAUGUAGCUUGAAGCCACUACGCUGAACCCUGACCUAUCAAGCAUUCAGGUAGAAAUGAAGCUUCUGAAAUCAACUUCACCUCAAAUAUGCCAAGACAGCCGUGAUGUGCGACAAAGAUUUCUCCCGAAAUACUGAUUCUGUUUCAUGAAUAUGUGGAGCAGGAUCCAACACGGGUGUACUUUAUUUUGAAAGAAGAAGGUGUUCAGUAACACAGACCAGAAAUACUAGACCGGUAUAGUCUAGUCAUUUUUUUCUUUUAAUUAUGAUAACAUGAAGGUCUCAAUUAAUGUCUGACUCCAGCAUGUCCAUUAGCGGAACAGUAAAAAAACGAGAGAUAACAUUCAAAAAAAUUGUGAAACAGGAAAUGGGAUCUUUGUUGUUUGUUUUUUUUAAUGCAUGCAUCCACUGGAUACCAAGUGUAUACAGAUGAUGCUUACCUGUACUUACCUGUGUGUGUGUGUGGGUGUGUGUGUUCAGACUCUGUCAGGUUGGUGAAUGGUACCAGUCUGUGUUCAGGCAGACUGGAGGUGAAAACCUCCCAGUCCAACCAGAUCUGGUCUACAGUAUGUGAAGCUGACAUUGACCAGCAAGAUGCAGAGGUGGUCUGUAGGGAGCUUGGGUGUGGAUCUCCUUCAGUCCUGCAGGGGGCGCUCUAUGGAGAAGUGGAAGCUCCAACAGGGGCAGCAGAGUUCCAGUGUGGAGGAACAGAAUCCUCCCUCCUGGACUGUAGAAGAUCAGGCCCUGUUAGAAACACCUGCUCACCUAGCAAAGCCGUCAGACUCACCUGCUCAGGACCCGUCAGGCUGGUGGGAGGAGCCAGUCGCUGUGAAGGAACGCUGGACCUGAAGCUUGGAACAUGGAGACCAGUGAAAGCCUCAGGUUGGACGGUGAGGGAAGCAGCUGCAGCUUGCAGAGAGUUGGACUGUGGUUCAGUCGUUUCCAUGGGAACCAGGAAUGACUCUUCAGUUAGACAAGUUUGGGAAAUUGAGAUCAGCUGUUUGAAAUCUGGAUAUCCACUAAGGCAGUGUGCAUCAGCGUCAUUAUUGUCAUCUCAGUCUGGCACCAUUCUGGAGCUUGUGUGCACAGACCUGCUGGUUCAGCCAAUCAUUUCGGUGUCGUCCAGUGACGGGGUCACAGGCGCCCUGCAGCGGAGCUCAGCAGGAGUGUUUCGGGGCUCCAGCUUCACCAUCAGCUGCUCCAUCCAGCCACAGUAUCCAGGAGGCUCCUUCCAGCUCUCCUUCACCUCUUCCAACACGACACACAGCUACGCCCAGCCAGCCAGCAAUCACUCUGCACACUUCCUGUUUCCUGCUGCGGAGCCCGCCCACAGAGGAAGCUACCGCUGUGUUUAUGACCUCCAUGUUUUCUCUCAUAACUUCUCCUCCGUCAGCCAUGUGCUGACUCUGAGUGUCUCAGAUCCAACAGUUUUCAUCAUCAGACUGGUGGUCCUGCUGCUGAGUCUGCUGAUCUUCAUCUCUGCGAUUUACUGCAGCCGUAAGGUUGCGACGAGACCACCAGGGGGCAGCAGACUGUCCCACGGAAGAACGUGGAUGUUGGAGGAAACGAAGGGGGGCGGGAAGGUGGUGGAAGAACAAGAGGAGGCAGCUCUGUAGCGACACCGUAUGGUGGAUAAUGUGUACUGAAGGAAGCAGGUCCUUAGAACCGCUGAAAUAUUCUUGCUGUUACUUUGAUGCUCAAUCUAUUUUUCCCAAAUCAUGUCAUAUGCUGUAUUUUUUUGAUUGGCUCCGUUUUUCCAGACUAUUGUCUUUUGCUUUCUUAUUAAUGACUUUUAAUAUAAUCUUUAUCAUAUGGUUUCAGACUGCUUAGGUUUAUGGAAAUCUCAGAUUAUCCAGAGUUUAUAAUCAGUAGUGUGGCUGUGAGUUUACUUUUUGUGUUAUGUGUUAAGGACAAUCAGUCAGAAUGAUGAGUACGGAGCUACGUUGGGGUCAUAAAGAUUGUUCUAAAGGAAACAAAAAUUGAAACUUAAAAAAAAAAAAAAAAUUGAAACUGAAAAAUUGUUUUGAACUUUUUUUUUUUUACUUUCACAUCCUUUUCAGUUUUACAUCUUUUUUUCUUCACUUCCAAUUUUUAUAUUAUUUUUUUUUUCCUUUUUCCACCAACGUCAUGACCUCAACUUAGCUCCACAGGUUGCAUCAGGUCUCAUAUAAAGUGAUUAAAAACAAAGUGUCUCUUUGGAUGUUAAGCCUGUUUUUAAACUUUAUCUGUCAGGUAAAACAUUGAAGCUAAAUUGAAACAUUUUAUUUUAGCCACUCUAAUAUUAAGUCUCUCAUUUUGUUUCUAAUAAAGAUUAUUCUUUUGUU